ACUUUCAGUCUUUCAUCUCUGGAAACCCUAGCACACGAUUUCUCCUCCAUCAAAGAAGAAGCCCAACAAUGCCGCCGAAGUUCGACCCAACCCAAGUCGUCGACGUCUUCGUCCGCGUCACCGGUGGUGAGGUCGGAGCAGCCAGUUCCCUCGCUCCAAAGAUUGGUCCGUUGGGCCUCUCUCCCAAAAAGAUCGGUGAAGACAUCGCCAAAGAAACUGCCAAAGAAUGGAAGGGUCUCCGCGUAACUGUCAAACUCACCGUCCAGAACCGUCAGGCGAAAGUCACUGUGGUCCCGUCGGCGGCGGCUCUUGUAAUCAAGGCGUUAAAGGAGCCAGAGAGGGAUAGGAAAAAGACCAAGAACAUCAAGCACAACGGGAACAUUAACCUCGACGACGUCAUCGAAAUUGCUAAGGUAAUGAGGCCGAGGUCGAUGGCUAAGGAUUUGAGAGGGACAGUGAAGGAGAUUUUGGGCACGUGCGUCUCCGUUGGGUGUACUGUUGAUGGAAAAGACCCUAAGGAUCUGCAGCAGGAGAUCGAUGAUGGAGAUGUUGAUGUUCCUUUGGAGUGAGAAAGCUUGUUCUUCUCGUUUUUUACGUCUAUCCUCAUGCUUGCCUCUUUUAGAAAAAUGUUCAAUAUAAAGAUUUUGAACAAUUUGCUUAUAUUUAAUUCAGAGGCUGUUUUGAAGUUUAAUUUAGAUGAUUUUAACUAUUAUGGAUUCUUUA